AUGGGUCUUGUGAAGGAGAGUUCGGUUCCUUUGAGUGGAUCCGUCAGUCCUUUAAUUCCUCUUCCGUUUUUCCGCAUAAGGUUCCAAAGUUGUAGGCCUAAAACGACAUGCUGCUCACAUCAUGAACAUGGUGUGGGUCGAAGGAUAAAGAAAAAUGGGAUCAAUCAAGCUGCCAAAGCAGGCCCAAACACCAACAUCAUAAACUCUACAGCUCCAAAAUCCAAGGAUUCCAAAUUCUUAAAAUCAUCAACAACAACAUCAUCAUCAACUUCAUCUUUUGUCAACCAAUCAUCAUCUUACGACUACCCAUCAACAAAUUACUCUCCAAACCACUCAGCGAGAUCGAAGUCCUGGUCUUUUUCAAGCAAAACAUCUCUUUCUAACCUUAAAGAUUCAUUACCAGAAAACCCUCACAUUUAUGACUUCUCCGAAAUCCGCAAAGCUACCAACAACUUUUUGCAAAAACCCUUUUCCUCUUCCUCUUCAUCAACCUCUUGGAGAUGCUCAAUUCGUGGAAAAGAAGUUAUUCUUUUUCAACGCAAGUUUCGCCGUCAGAUUGGAUUAGAUGAGCUUCAACAGCGGUUAUUGACCAUUUGCAGGAGUCAUCACAUCAGUUUGGUCAAACUUCUCGGUGCAUCCACUUCAGGGAAUUAUAUUUAUCUUAUUUAUGAAUAUGUUCACGGUGCAAAUUUAGCUACUUGUCUUAGAAAUCCACAGAAUCCCAGUUACACAGUUUUAUCAUCUUGGUUAUCACGUAUGCAGAUUGCCACUGAUAUAGCGAACGGUCUUGAUUAUAUUCACAAUUGUUUAGGUUUGGAUUCAGAAUUUGUGCAUAAUCACAUAAAAAGUUCUAGUAUUUUAGUGACUGACGAUUCUUUAAAUGCCAAGAUUUGUCAUUUUGGGACUGCUGAAUUGUGUGGAGAGAUAGUGGGGAACGAAAGGUCUUCGUUGAAAGAUUUUGGUAGGUCAGGUAGUAGGAAAAUGAAAAUUGAGGGAACAAGAGGGUAUAUGGCACCUGAGUUUCAGGCAAGUGGAGUUAAGACACAAAAAUGUGAUGUGUAUGCAUUUGGGGUGGUGAUUUUGGAGUUGGUGUCUGGGGAGGAGGCAUUGAGGUAUGUCUUUGAUGAGGGAGGUGGAGGUUACAAGAGAAUUAGCGUGAUUGAGAGGGCAAGGGAGGUGGUGGCCGUUGGUGGUGGUGAGUUGAGGAAGUGGGUUGAUAAGAGGGUGAAGGAUUCGUAUCCUGUGGAAGUAGCAGAGAAGACGGUGUUGUUGGGAUUGGAGUGUGCGGAUGAUGAUCCAGGGAAGCGGCCCGAUAUGGGGAUGGUUGAUGCUAGAUUGUCUAAAUUGUAUUUGGAGUCAAAGAAUUGGGCUGAAAAGAUUGGUUUGCCUACUGAUUUCUCAGUCUCAAUGGCGCCUCGAUGA